UCUCUGCUGCACCGUUGUUGAAAAUGUUUUGGGAUAUACUGGAGCCUCGUCCAGGUAUCGGUAGAUGGGCUGACAAAUGAUUCGAAGCGUCUCACUGCUUCAAUAGCUGCGGAUCGACACACAGGCUAGCAAGGAAGGCAGCUUUCGGAGCCAACAUAAGGUAGUGUCGCUUUAGUUAACCGCGGUGUGAAUAGUGCAGUAUCUUUACUCAUUUGCGAGCAAAGACUUGUGUUUUUUGGGGGGGUGUUUUUUGAGGGCGAAUUAGCAGAACGUUGAUGUUAGCUGGAUGUCGUUGUCGCGACGCUGCAGUUUUGAACCACUUUUUGAAGACUGAUUUGGACCGCAGUGACAACCCUGGGAGCUAACAGCAAUUCCUGAGCUACUUUUUUUUUUUUUUACUCAUUUUAUUAUUUGAUUGUAAUAUUUGCGCUAUUCAUCCCAGAGAGGUGAGACUCCCUCCUUUGUCCGAAUCUCCGGUGAUGUGUCGAGAAAGCUUCGGGUGACGUCGCACUCGUUCUCGGCUGGCGGGGCUCAACUUUGACAGCAGCGAAGCCCUGAGCUCCGCUCCUCUGUCGCAGGUUCAGCCCGACAUUCCGCCUCAUCGCCUGAGAUCGAAGCGUGGAGGAUUCGGGGGGGAAAAAAACAAACCGCAGUCCAAACUCGUGUGGGGUCCCGUGUGAACCGGGCUGCUAAAAACCAGAGGGGAUGACUCUGGAGUCCAUGAUGGCUUGCUGCCUAAGCGAAGAGGCGAAGGAAUCGAAGCGAAUCAAUGCAGAAAUUGACAAGCAGCUCCGCCGAGACAAGCGAGACUCCAGGAGAGAGCUGAAAUUACUACUUCUCGGUACGGGGGAAAGUGGCAAGAGCACCUUCAUCAAGCAGAUGAGGAUCAUCCACGGAGCCGGCUACUCAGACGAAGAUAAGAGAGGCUUCAUCCGACUUGUUUACCAAAACAUCUUCACCUCAAUGCAGGCUAUGAUCCGUGCUACUGAGACCCUCAAGAUCCCCUACAAGUAUGAACAGAAUCGGUCUAAUGCUAUGCUGGUGAAGGAGGUGGACAUCGAGAAGAUCAAUGGAUUUGACCAGCCCUACAUCACAGCUAUCAAAAGUCUGUGGGCCGACCCAGGGAUACAGGAAGCCUAUGACCGCCGCAGAGAAUAUCAGCUCUCUGACUCCACUAAAUAUUACCUUAGUGAUAUAGAUCGUGUGACUGCAGAGAGCUAUGUUCCCACACAGCAGGAUGUGCUGAGGGUUCGUGUUCCCACCACGGGCAUUAUAGAGUAUCCAUUUGAUCUGGAGAACGUCAUCUUCAGGAUGGUGGAUGUCGGAGGACAGAGGUCAGAAAGGAGGAAGUGGAUUCACUGCUUUGAGAAUGUCACUUCCAUUAUGUUCCUUGUGGCUCUGAGUGAGUACGACCAGGUCCUGGUGGAGUCAGACAACGAGAACCGUAUGGAGGAGAGUAAAGCUCUAUUCAGGACUAUCAUUACCUACCCUUGGUUUCAAAACUCCUCUGUCAUCCUCUUUCUCAACAAGAAGGACCUGCUAGAGGAGAAGAUUGCCUACUCACACCUGGUGGACUAUUUUCCUGAGUUUGAUGGUCCCCAGAGAGACGCACAGGCAGCGCGGGAGUUCAUCCUCAAGAUGUUUGUGGACUUAAACCCAGACAGCGAUAAAAUAAUCUACUCUCAUUUCACUUGUGCCACGGACACUGAGAACAUCCGCUUUGUGUUUGCAGCUGUCAAAGACACCAUCUUACAGCUCAACCUCAAAGAGUACAACCUGGUGUGAGGGCUCAUGCACCAUACACAUCUCCUUCACUUUGCACAAUGCACACUUUUUUUUUUAAGAAAAAAGUGUGCGCGUAACUCUACAUGCAUCACACAGACCACCACGCCUGUAUGUACACCUAGAACCUUUUCUUCUUUUUCGUUUUGGUACAGUACAUUCACAGCUCGUCCCACCUGUGAACGCUGCCCUUCUCCCUCUCUUUCGCCAAAGGUCGCCCUCUUUCUCAGUCUUUGGUCAUGUCAAAGCUGAUUUGUGAGUAAAAUGUGACCCUGGCUGAGGGUUCUCACACACUGACUGACACAGAGCUUUCAUACGGGCUUUACACCGACUGUGAGGAGGGACUUUGAUGUUUUGUGUUUGUGGCACAUUCGUACACUUGGGGCCGCAUUGACUGGUGAGGAGCUGUGCUUUGGUGAGCAUCGGAAAAGACGCCCUGAUAGUGGGGCAAGACCAGGUCAUCCAUCGUGUCCUGUUCAUUUGGAAGGAACUGUCUCAUGAAGCCACUCAAGGAGCUGUGUUUCAGCAUGAGCCACUUUGAAGACCUGCCGCGGGUUGAUAGUAGAACAGGGAUUUGGUGCAACUUAAAUAGGAUGUGAGAUCUUUCACAGAAAGUGAGGGAGCAGGGAAGAGUUCCAUGUCCACCUCCCAUCCAUGAAUGUACCCUCCAGUGUGAGCAUCGCAAUCGCACACAAGUAGAAAUGUAUAAAGUAAAUUGCCUGAUAACGCUCUUAAUGCAAAAGCAUGAGGGCGUGAGAUACAGCUAAUCAGUAGCUGGUCAUUGCUAAUAUUUUUAAGCAUUUUUAAUUGCAUAAAAGUGUUGCUAAGUCUAUUUAACAAAUAGUGGGUGAAUGGAAUGGUGACUAAAAAGGGCAAGGAAAGCUUCUACAUUUUGUAAAACAAAUAUUUAACAACUAGAUGUCAGAAAUUUAGUUCUCAUAAGUAUCCUUUGAAAGUUUGUGCUGUUGUUUUUUGUUUUUAAGCUUUUUUUUUUUUACGAUCACACCGCUUCCUUCCUCUGAAUGUUUUUGUACAGAUUCACACGGACAGCUUUCCAUGUGAAUUUCACUGCAUCUCGCUCCAUUGGUACGCGCCCACAUCUUUAUUACUAAACACUACUAAAGGGUGAGAGGACCUACUUGUGACACAAGAUCUCUCCUCUGAUUGGCUGAUUCAGAAGCAGAGGAGUGCCGUUGUUGUGAUUAUCGGAGUGUCUGUCUGCAGCUUGUGGCGCCGGUAGUUUGUUCAAGUAAAUAAGAACUGUAAUAUUUAUCUCGUACUGAGGGUGCGAAUAGUCCAUGCGGUAAAAUGUUUGACUUGAAAUGUCCCACAGUUGUCCAAUCAGACACACUUCCUGAUGAUGACGUGGUCAUUGGUUGAAUCAGGGCGUGCAUCUGUUUACUUAUUUAAUGGUCACUUUUUUCACCUCUGAAGUUUGCUGUUGAAUGAUGAGAGGAAGGACGCUACGACCCUUUGACAUAAGGCGCACUCUAAAUUUAGCAAAUGUUGUGUAUACUUGUUUGUAAAUGUAUAUACACAAACUCCUGUACAGAAUUGUUCUGUGGUACAGUUUGUGUUUGUGUCAAAAUGUAUUUACUUUUGCUAUCAUACAAGUUUGUUUUUGUUUUUUUGUUUUUUUUCCCCUCCCUGCUCCCCCUAAUGCAUUUCUCAUAGUAUUAAUACUGUGACAAAGAAUUUUGUUCACUUUGUACAUAGGAUAACAAAGUGCUCAGUGAUGGAAUAUACUGUACGGAGCAAUAGUCAGAACAGGUUCUUAUAUCCUCACAAUCUCCACAACCCGGCUGCAGCUCUGAUUCCAGAGCAGUACUAACUAGGGUAUUGGUUCUGCACAGUGUUGUGGAAAUACAUGAUUUAUAAAGCAUGAUUGGGUGGGGGGGGGUUGUAUUUAUCUAAUUUAUGGACCAGGUGUGAAGGUAUUAUGAUUGCUUUUGCUUCUGUCAGUCGUUAAAGUGCUCCUUUUCUCUUGGCAGAGCUUACUUGAGUCUGAACUGCUGUAAAAAGGAAUUUUUGUUAGCGUAAGGACUUUCACUGCUUUCUGUUGAGACAUUUCCACUUGUACUUUUCAUCGCAUCCAUCCAGAUAAUACAAUUUAUUUUUUAAGGAACCUCACUUUUUCCUUUUUUUUUUUUGAAUUAGGAAAACAGUUGUAUUGUCCCUUGCUUUAUUUAUCAAUGCAGUGCUUUAAUGAAUAUGUAGAAAAUGUACAGUACAGAAGUAGGUGGAUCUUUUUAUCAGUGAUUGAAGACCUAUGUGGUCCAUGCUUGCUUUUGUAAUUUAAAACAAAGCUCUUGUUCUUUCUUGCAUUAUUACUUUUUUAAGGUUUGCUUCGACAGUGCCAGUGAAGUGCAGUUUUCUUUCUUUUUUUGUGUGUAUAACUUUGACCUUUUCUACAACUUACAUCCUUCAUUCACAUUAAGGGCUAUCACAGUGCAUCAGAUAGCGGAGGAGUAUAGGAUCACAGUGAACCCACCUCAUCCACUACUAAUCUUUGUCUAUAAAUGAAAAAUUACGUGUGCUAUAAGAAAUUUUAGGCAGGGUGUUAAUACAAAACAUGGGGUGUGUUUGUAAAGAGUUUAAGCGAUCUUGUUAAUACUGUGUUUUUGUUGAUGCAUCUGGCCUUGUGAUGAGUUAAGUGGACCCAAUAUCUGGCUCUCAUACUGAUUCUUUUUUUUUUCCCUCUUUUCUAGUGGCAUUGUUGUCAGUGUUAUCUGUAAUACAUCAUACAGUAUAGAAAGUGUUACUAAUAAAUACACUCCUAACCAGGAUGCCACAAAGUAUUACAAUUCCCAUGAGUAUUAAAGUUCUAACAUUUAGCCAACUAAGUUGAAAGUUGAUGGUGCUUGUUUUAAGUAAUCAGCUACAAAUCUGGCACUUUGUUGCUCGUCAUCCUACACUUUAUGGAGUAAUUGCCCACAUGCCAGGCAGCUCAUCCAGAAACAAAUCUGUCAAUAGCUGUUUCUCUGAAGUGUUAGGGUUUUUAUAUGUAAUUAACCAGCACUAUUUUAAAACUCUUAAUCUAUCCAGAGGCACGCUCAUAUCUCUGGAUGUAAUAUUACAAACACUACAUUGGCCAUAUUUGUUGUCCUAAUACAUGUAGAGUACAAUCAAAACAUGUUUGUCACACAAAGUACGAAGUGAAAAUCUUGAGUUAAGAGAUGUACCUCAACAACUCUUUCAUCAGAAUCACCCAGUCUGUAUUUUGAUGUUUCAUUUCUAAUCCAACAAUCACACUUAGAAUUUUAUUUAGGGAUUAACUCUGCUGUGUCUGAUUUGCGGACGUUCAUGCUGGAUUUUACAGUCACAAAUUGAAUUUUACUGGCGACGCGUUAGCGUAAAAAGGAUAUUUGCGACCGUAAUCCAGCAUGAACAUCCGCAAAUCAUCAGACACAACAGGGUUAUUCCCAUUCUAAUGCAGUUCCAUCGUUCCAUGCACGGUUUAUUUUUCUGUAAUUCGGUCGGCGAAAGGGUGUAGUCAGCUCAUCAAAGCUUACUGUAGCAACAGCGUCUUCAUGCCAAACUGGAAAUUCUGUGAGCAGACCCACAGAUUUCUCUAGCUGCAUUGAGUUAAAUCCAUCAAUCAAUCCAGUUAAAGCCAUUAAAUCCACUUAUUUUGUCAAAGCUAACACGUCAAAUAAUGACACCUGUGUAGCAAAGCAGUCAGGGCGUGGAGUAAUACAUCAGAUGUGAAUAGGUUAAAUAUUUUGCCACAGUCUACUCGAUAUUUUAUGGUCUGAAAUCUCACACAACCAGACUCGCGGAACAAAGGUAAUUGCAUUAGUUUUUGUUUUGUUUUUUUUGUGGUAAAUAUAAUGUUCGCAUGUUCAUAUCUGUAUUUUCUUGUACUUUGAAAAAGUGAAAACACUAACAGAUCACCUAUUUGAAUCCAGGUUUUAGUCUUUGACAAGUCUUUAAUUCAUAAAACCGAUGGCUCUCUGAUAGGAAAAUUGAUCUGGAAGUAUACAAUAUGGGUUGAAGUACAGAAAGCCAUUAUUUAAAGUAAAUAUUUCAUAAUGGGACUACGACAUGCACAAAGAUAAUUAACUGGCUUUUUUUGUCUGCUGUAAAUGACACUAAACUUGGCUGUAACAGUGAUCUGUAUGCAUUGGUAUUUCAGUUGGAUGAUGACACCAAUUUGGAUACUGAAGUGUUUAUUGGCCUUUUUGUGUUGAUCUGUUCAGUGUGUUUAAAUAUGCCUGACUUUAUUGCUGAUAUACACAUCAGAGAAACCCAUUUUGCAGUGAGCUUUAAAUUUGUCACUACAUCAAACACAUAGUAGAUUGCUGGCACAGUGUUUUGCAUGUAGUUUUUUUUACCUCCCUUUUGUUGUUCAGUGUUAACACACCUCAUGAAAUAUGUAAUAAUAAAUCUCUGCAGUUACAGUAAACAACCUUUAAAUGUAAUGUGGUGUUUUCAAGCGCAAAGUAUCUGUACCUAAAUGGAGAAAUUCUGAUUUUUUGUCAGAAUGCUGCUACUUUAAUUUUGACACAAAUUGGCUACAUAAAAAAUGUUAUCAAAGUAUCUAAACUUAACUGUCAAUGCAAUACUGACUAUAGUGUGGUGUCACUAACGCGCAGACACAAGUGAUAAUGAAAGGAACUAAAACUUGAAUUACAACACUAUAUACUGCUGUCUUGUCUCUUUUUCAGCAAAUGACGCAACACUAAAUUUGGCUUCUGAAUAAACUGUGCUAGUGCUGCACUUUUCCACUGCAGAAAUGGUAAAUUACUUGUUAAUGGUAACUAGUAUCGUAUAUCAAGAUCAGUUUACUGUAUAUACGAGCUUCAUUACAUGUAGUUAAAAAAAGAAAAAGUAUUAAUUGGGUGGAAAGGUUUGCCCACUCACUUUCAAGGCUGAAGCAACAUUUCUGGAAACGCAUAAUGAAUUCACGUUCCAAAAUAAAAUGUCUACCUUGUGAAAUGACAUACACAUGUAUUUUGUCAAGAAAGGGCUUCUUUUUGUGUGUGUAUAUUUCACUUGGACUUCUCAGUUGCAGUGCUUAUUAAAAAGUACACAUACCUUUUUAGAUUUAUUUUUUGUGACAUCAAAAUAAAGCUUUUUUUCUACUCAAAUUUUUUUUAGUUCUAUUUAAUCUUGAACAACGUAAUCUCUACAACUAAUAUUCAGUGUUUCCAUAAGUGCUCACUUUUUAACUUUACACAAUUACUUAGCUUUUACCAAGCCAGAAGAUGGAUACAAGAAUGUGUCCAAGUCACUGAAUAUCACUUCGACUUCAGUUAAGAUGAAUUAAAAAUGGAAGUGACACAGUGCAGACUAUCCCCAAAAACUGAAUGUUAUGAAACGGACACAAGCCUUGUCCUCACAAUCGCAGAAGCUUUGAACCCCUUCAGAGUUGUUUUGGUUGCUUCCCUCAUGGGCCUUCUUUGCAUACAGACACACCUCGCUCACUCAAAAUAUGGCUUCCUUCAGGCAGCUUUUACUACUUUGUGCAAACCUUUAUAUUUUCUAAUGAUUAAUACAAGUAUUAGCUGAAGUCACAGAUAUUCAGGAAUAAGGAAAUACUCUUGCAUCUGGACUUGUUCGAAGCUUGUCUGGCUGUACAAGUGAUGAUUGUGACAAUCAACAGAGUACUUUUUUUGCAAGCCAUUAUUUUCUAGUUCAUUUAAUGUAGAUCAUAUUGCAACAAGAGCAGAUAAAAAUUGACAUGAAAUAUUCAAAUAUAUGUAUUUGUAAAUAUAACAAAUGUAAAAUUCCAAAGGUAUGUACUUAUAGUCACUGUAUCCAAUUUUCAACAUUUGCCUUGGAAGAAAAAAAGUUGUACCUUUGCUCACCUUUUACCAUUGGAGAAUGUGUUCUGUGACCAUGCAGAGACUUUGGCUACCGUAUUUAAUGUACUACCCAAGGGUGUUGAUGGUACUCAUGGUUGGAUUAAAUGUCAACAAACUGUUUUAAACAUCAGUUUGCAUGUUCAGCAUUUUGUUUUCUCUCUGCAUAUGAAACCAUUAACAAAUGCUAUAUUAGAUUUGUUUUCUUCACUCCAAUUAAACCUUAUACUAAAUUGUGUAUUGGUGUAUAAAAUGUGUCCCCUGCCUGUCCCACCCUGUUUUUUUUUUUUUUUUUUUUAUGUAAACAAAAUGUAUAUUCUGUAUUAUACUGAGUGUGCCAACCCACUCUAAGAGCCAGGCUCUCUCAAGUGCCAAUGCUGUGGUCAUCGUCAAAGGACCGCCCGCUGAGAUGGUCGUUCUUUUUUAAAUAAGACACACCAGAGACUAAAUCGGUAGAUGAUUAAGUACACACAAAGAUGUUAUGUAUUUAAAGGUGAAAACUUAAAAGAUUUUUCUUUUUUAAGAGAUUGUAUAAUUGCAUGUGCUAUUUGUUGGAAGUGAGGGCUUGGAUGUUUCUCCAUUAAUGAAGAACCUUUUGAAGAAAGGUUUCAAAGUUGAUUAUCAGUUAUUGAUUUACGUAAGUCUCAUGCUAUAAUUUUUGUGUUUCAUGUGUUUGUUUCAACCACUUGCCUGAUCCUCAUUGAAACAUGACCAUGACUUAUGAUCAUUGCCGCCUUCUGAGAGAGAAACGUAAUGACAAAGUAUCUGUUUGAAAUUGAAAUAAAUUUGUUCCUACACUUGC